AUGGUUGACGCAAAGAUCCAAGAGCUCAUCGCGAAGCCGCGAUCAGAAUUGACCGAGUAUGAGGUGUCUCAAGUCGAGGAGCAUGAAUUGACCACCGGUCCCCUCUCCAUCCUCCAAACCGCCGUCCGGACACGAACCCAGGUCCUUAUUUCAUGCCGAAACAACCGCAAGCUCCUCGCUCGCGUGAAGGCAUUCGACAGACAUUGCAACAUGGUUUUGGAGAACGCAAAGGAGAUGUGGACUGAGACCCCUCGUCUGGCGAAUGGACAGCAGGGCCGCAAGGUCAACAAAGACCGUUUCAUCAGCAAAAUGUUUUUGCGCGGCGACUCUGUCAUUCUUGUCUUGCUCAGUUAA